UCCGAGAAUUCAGGAACACACCAUAAAGUUAACUUGCAGCAAGCCUUAAGUGGCAAACUUAACACCCAUUCUAACAUUUGCAUUACGAUACAUUAUAGCUUACAAUUAUAAACAUCACCUGAUAAAUUCUCGAUCAUGCAAACCAUCUCAAGCAGUUCUAAUAACGGAUUCAUCUGAUUCAGCAGUGAAGCGCCAAGGGGUCCCUGCGGGCAUCCAUUCUUGUCGUUGAAAUGAAGUCUUGUCUCACGAACGAUCCGUUUUUUCGGUUUUAUGUCAUUGAGGGGCGUUUCAUGAUUUCGGAAGAAUGGAAGGUUUACGUAAAGACACGUAGAACUUUAACCUCCGAGCUGGUUUGAAGGCGGCACAAAACCAAAUUAUGAUGAUGUCACACAUGUUGGCUUGUACACUUCCCCAUGGUCUCCAGCUCGAGACUCCAGGCAAAUUCGACCCCUCGGGGCUCUCUGGACUUUCACUAUAUUCAAAUCGAGGGAGCCAUGAUCCCAGGCCGGCCGGAGCGCCGCGGGGGGGAGCGCAGCAGCCGUCCGGUCUCUCCCUCUCAUCGCGUCUUCAGCUCCUCGGGGCGUCACUGAUGAAACGGGAACAAUGCGGCUCACCGCGCGCCCUGCGGGUUGAAGUGUCCCGGUUUACUUAUUAUGGGAUUCCGCGCUCGGCAGAGGGAGUGUGAUUGUGUGUGUGUCAGUGUGUCAGUGUUUGUCAGUGUGUGAGUGUUACUGAGUACUGCUCUCAGCGGAGAAUGCCUGAAGCCCGAGUGAAGCUCGUUGUGACCGGGGACGACUUCGGCUACUGCGCGAGGCGGAACCGCGGCAUUGUGGAGGUGUUCCGGGCGGGCGGUCUAUCCGCCGUGUCGCUGCUGGUUAACGGCGCCGGGGCGAAGGACGCGGCCGAGCUGGCCAAACGGUAUGCCAUCCCGAUCGGUCUCCAUGCCAACCUGUCUGAGGGCGUGCCCGUGUGCGCGGCGCUGCGUGGCUCCGCCUCCCUGCUGGAUGGGAGGGGCCUCCUGAGGGGAAAGGCGGGCUUCAGGGAGGCUCUGAGGGCGGGGCUUCUGCUCAUGGAGGAGGUGGAGCUGGAGCUACGGUCUCAGGUGCUGUUGUUCGCAGAGCUGUUGGGUCACCUCCCCGGUCACAUGGACGGGCACCAGCAUGUUCACGUACUGCCUGGUGUGCGGGAGGUGUUUGCCCGGGUGCUGGCAGACUUCGGGGUGCUCUACACCCGUGUUCCGGUAGAGCGGGGUUGGAGGAGCUGCCCCUGGAUGCCCCCCCACCUCCACCUCUUCUACGCCCAGGUGGAGCAGGACGCGCUGGAGGCAGCCCCCGUCUUCUCCCGCCACGGCAUCAGGUGGCCUGACGUCUACCUGGGCCUGACCACCAUGGGCCAGAACAUGUCCAUCUCCAACGUGAGGAGAGCUCUGCGCCUGGCCUUGGAGCCCCCCCCCUGCUCCCCCUGCCCCGCGCCCCGCGUCCUGACUGCCGAGCUGAUGGCCCACCCGGGGUACCCCAGCCGGCCAGCCGAGGGGGGGUGCGGUGCGGGGCCGGACGAGUUCUCCCGCUCGGCGGACCGUCGGCGGGAGAUGGAGACCCUCUCAGACCCCGCGCUGCUGGAGCUCUACGCCCAGGAGGGGGUCCAGCUCUGUGCCUUCAAGGACCUCUGAGGACCCCUUCCCGAGGCCCAAGGGAGCUGCACCCGGCUGCUACACCCCCUCCUGAGCUCCACCUAAAGCCGUCUGAACUCCUCCUAAAGCCGUCGGAACUCCUCCUAAAGCCGUCGGAACUCCUCCUAAAGCCGUCUGAACUCCACCUAAAGCCAUCUGAACUCCACCUAAAGCCGUCUGAACUCCACCUAAAGCCGUCUGAACUCCACCUAAAGCCGUCGGAACUCCACCCUAAGCCAUAGAGAAACAGAGGUACUCAGGUCUCCGCCAUGACCCUGUCCUCAGUCAGCUAGAGGCCACCACCAGGUGGGCGUGUUCAGUAGCUAGCGUCACCAGGUGGGCGUGUUCAGUAGCUAGCGUCACCAGGUGGGGGUGUUCAGUAGCUAGCGUCACCAGGUGGGCGUGUUCAGUAGCUAGCGUCACCAGGUGGGGGUGUUCAGUAGCUCUCGCUAGACUGUUGUAGGGUGCUAAGCACACAGACAGAACACCCUCUCAGGUGUUGUGCCGUGUUCGUGUUUAAGUAUGACUUAUGAAUAUUAUUUACAACCAUUUUAGAACUCAUCACGCUCAGUGACUACUGUGAAAAUAGAAACUGUAAUUAUGAAGGACGUUCACACAAAGAGCUUCAGGCUCUCAUGUACCUAAACAGGUUUUUACUCUUCCUGACGGAAGGCUGUCGGGCUCUGUUCCUCAGUCUGUGUAACACUACUGCCAGCCUGGGUUCACCCUCUUGACCUCCUGUGAGGCUGGGGAACCAGAAGACUCCCUGGUUUACAUUCCACUACCUUCAGGUCUACUAACAGACAAUGCAAUGCUCACUACUGCCACAUUAAUAUUAUUAAUAAUUACUGUAUAAUAAUGCCUUUAAUUGUUCCAGUGAUAUUGAAUAUGUCUAGCACAUGCAUCCCUUGGUUGUGUCUCAGUAAGUUAAGUGUGUAGAGCCAAAGUAAUUCCUGUAACACGCCGUACAAUGCAAACAGGGGAUUAAAGUUCAUACAAUACAUUUAUGGUGGGAGCUCCAGCUUUGAUUUAUCCCACCUUGAGUCUAAGGUGUGACCCAAUCCAACGGUCCGGUAAUGCCAGACCUCCGUCACUGCUGCCAACUUCUGCCUGUUGACUGGAACUCAUUGGAUCAGUUCUCAGCCGUCCCGCCAUGUCGCUGCUCUGGUGCCCCCUAGUGGCUGUAAAUGUUUCCGACCUGUACCCAAUAAGAAGCAACUCGCACACACCUCCCAAUAAUAAAAAACUAAGAACACCCAAAUGUGAAAAGGCAGACACACAACGCAUCCGGUGUCCCGGCAGACAGACGGGCUAACGGGGGUCAUCUUUAUUAU